GCCUAGGAUCUUUCCAGCUCAGCUCAGGAUCUCAUCUUAGAAGUCCCUCCCCAGAGGUGCAGAGAGAAGCUUUCUGACCCCCACACCCCCCCAAAAAAGGACCUUCUGGAGCAAUGACAGGACUCAAACUGGCCUUUGUCUUCAUUUCUUUUGUCUUCAUCGACGUCUUGGCUCAAGAUCCGCAGAUGAAAAACGACUCUGAGGCAGCCAAGACAAAGCAACUGAAUAAACAUAAAAAAAGGAUAAAAGCCAGGAUACGUCUUGAUGAAAAAACAGUCGGGGAAUGGACCUCUUGGUUCAAUGUGGACCAUCCUGGAGGCGAAGGGGAUUUCGAGACGCUGGAGGCCAUCCGGUUCUACUACCCUGAGCGCAUCUGUGCCCGGCCCCUCUCUAUCCAAGCCCGGACCACUAAGUGGGAGCUGCCCAAGGAAGUGGGGGAAGUUGUGCGCUUCAGCCCCCAAGAAGGCUUCCAUUGCCUCAACAAAGAGCAGCUCAGCAAUAGGACCUGCUCUAACUAUCAUGUCCGAUUCCUCUGCCCUGUGGAUCCUGUGCAGAAGCCGGGAUGGUCAAGUUGGUCUCCCUGGAGUCCCUGUUCCCAGACAGCAUGUGGCCUCAGCGGCAUCGAAACCAGACACCGGACUUGUCUGAAGAACUCUGCACCAGUGCCGGGACAGCUGUCAAAAUGCCCUGGGAAAUCCAUGGAACGUCGGACCUGCAGAUCUGAACCCUGCCAAGAACUCAAAUGGAGCCAAUGGGGUGCCUGGAGUCCUUGCUCAAAAACAUGCGGCAGUGGUGGGAAGCAAGUGCGGCGUCGAAGUUGUCAAAAAACUAAGCACUCACAUUGUGUGGGGCGUCCCUUGGAGGUGAAGAUAUGUGCCAACAUACCUUGUCCAGCUUGCCAGCUUAGCUGCGCCAUCGGCAUCCCCAACAAGGACUGUACUGGCUGCAUUUGUCCCAACCACACACUCUUGGGCACUGUACGGAGGGCCGAUGGGAUGCCCCUUGCCGAUGCUCAGAUAUCCCUCGCAGAUCAGCCUCUCGCCCCCUUGGCCCAAAGCAAUAGUUGGGGUCAGUUCGCCAUCCGUGGCAUCUGUGCUGGCAAUAGCACCAACGUCAGUGCUAAGCUUGAGCGCUUUGCACCAGGUAGUGCCUCACCUGUUGUCAAUGGCUCUGGGACCUCUUUGGUGGAGAUCAUACUCCACAGACUGGAACAACUUUACAUGGUGACCAGUCCUGAAUCAAAAGUGAGGAUGGUUGGAGAAAAAGUGAGGUUCUGCUGCAGAGCCCAAGGCACCCCUGAACCCCAAAAAUAUUACUGGUAUCACAAUGGAACGCUUCUGAGCUGGAAAACAUACAAUUACAGCAGGAGCUUAGUGUUACGUGAUUUGAGAACUCACCAAGCUGGCUUAUACCACUGCAAAGCCAGCAAUGACCACAGUUCAAUCAAAUCCUCUGCUGCCCAUUUAACAGUAAUAAGUCCAGAUGUUCCAGCAUGUAGAGCCCGGCCAGAGGAAUACCUCAUAAAACUCCCUGAUGAUUGUUUUCAAGAGGCAACAGGUUCCCACUUUUACAAUGUUGGUCAUUGCCCCAGUACUCCCUGUGCUGGAAACUCUUCAGAUGGCCUGAGGUGCCAGGAAGAUGCUACUCAGCACUGUUGUGGGACACAACGCAUGGAAGUGAAGGAGAUCCAUUGCACGGGUUACAUCCUUCCCGUCAAAGUGGUUGCAGAGUGUGGUUGUACCAUUUGUACUCGGCCCAAAGUCCUGGUUCGGGGCAAAGCAUCAGCCGCUGACGAUGGCGAACCUCUCCGCUUUGGUGAGAUCUAUCUGGGUGCAGAGAAAAUUGGCUUCACUGGGUAUAAAGGCACAUUCACCAUAGAGGUGCCACCCGACACAGAGAGACUUGUGGUCAGGUUUGUGGAUCGGCUGCAGAAAUUUGUAGACGCUGUCAAGGUUUUCCCACUUGACCAACGUGGAGGGGCUGUUUACCAAGAAGUCAAACUGAUGAGGAAGAAGAAGCCCGUUGACCUGCCAUCAUUGGAAUCUAAUACUAUUCCAUUGGGAGAAGUAGCUGGAGAAAAUCCUAUUGGGGAGAUAGUCAUCCCACCUGGCUCUUUCUUCAGAUCUGAUGGGCAGGUGUACAAUGGGACCGUCAAGGCAAGCAUUACUUUUGUGGAUCCACGGGACAUUGGUACAGUGAGCACUGCCUCCAGUGACCUGAAUUUCAUCAAUGCCGAAGGAGAUCUCUUCCCUCUCAGGACAUAUGGCAUGUUUUCAAUGGAUUUCUGGGAAGAAGAAACACGCCGGGGCUUAGAAAUCGGGCGGGUGGGGAUAAAGAUGGACACUGACCUCAUCAAAACUCUGGAACAUACAGAGAAAAUGAAACUCUGGUCCCUCAAUCCUAUAACAGGCCUAUGGGAGGAAGAAGCAUCUCUCAAGCUGGCCAAGAAGAAACGCAAGAAACGGGAGGAGAGAAAUUUCUUGAUUGGCAAUUUGGAAGUCCGGGAAAGGCGCCUAUUCAAUCUGGAUGUUGCAGAAAGCCGUCGCUGCUUCGUCAAAGUCAGAACAUACAUCAAUGAAAAGUUCUACCCUAGUGAGCAGCUAGAGGGAGUGGUUGUGACUCUCGUCAAUCUUGAGCCCAGACCUGGUUACCCUUCUAAUCCUCGGGCCUGGGGUCGAUUUGACAGUGUGGUGUCAGGUCCCAAUGGUGCAUGUUUACCUGCUUUCUGUGAUAGCGAGAGGGCUGAUGCCUACACGGCCUAUGUCACAGCAACCAUGGGAGGAGAGGAACUGGAGGCUGUUCCUUCAAGCCCAACGCUCAACCCUCGGGCUAUAGGAGUUUCUCAGCCUUACCUCAACAAGCUUGGCUACCAGAGAGCCGACCAUGAGGACCCUGCCCUAAAGAAGACAGCUUUCAGGAUCAAUCUUGCCAAACCCAACCAGAACAAUAUCGAUGAGACCAAUGGGCCCAUUUAUGCCUAUCGAAAUCUGAAGGACUGUGAUCAGGCUCCCGUCACAGCCAACCACUUCCGAUUUUACCGAGUGGAGGUGGACAAGUAUGAAUAUAACGUUGUGCCUUUUAAAGAGACUGACUUGACCACUUGGACAGGAGACUACCUCUCCUGGUGGCCGAACCCUCAAGAAUUCCGGGCCUGCUACAUCAAAGUGAAGAUUAAUGGGCCAUACGAAUACAUGGUGAGGUCACGAAAUGUGGGUGGCAGUCAUCCAAUGACUCGGGGACAACUGUAUGGCCUAAGAGAUUCCCGUAGCAUCCGGGACGUGGAGAUACAUAACAGCUCGGCAGCCUGCGUUGAAUUCAAAUGCAGUGGGAUGUUGUUUGACCAAGGAAUGGUGGACAGGACUAUAGUAUCUGUCAUCCCACAAGGGAGCUGCCACCGGACAUCUGUCAACAGCUACUUGAGGGAGUAUCUAAGCCGUCACCCGCCUGUAGUGGAAAAUAAUGACACUAUGGCUUUCACCAUGUUGGCGCCAGUGGAUCCCUUGGGGCACAACUAUGGCAUCUACACCGUGACUGACCAGAAUCCACACCUUGCCAAGGAGAUUGCAAUUGGGCGCUGCUUUGCUGGCGCCUCGGACGGCUUUUCACGUGAGAUGAAGUCCGAUCAGGGCACAGCUCUGACUUUUACCUGUUACGAAAAGCCAGUUGGGACAAAGAGCUUCUUCCAACGCCUGCUUGAAUCCCCGUCCCAGACGCUGACUGAGAUGCGUCGCGAGAUGAGCGCCAACGAACAACUCCGGGGCCCUUCUCAAGUGGUGGCUUACCCAACUGGAUUACGGACCGUGUUUUCUACACAGCGCCGUCCCAGCCGCCGAAGAAGGGUGGGUACUUCUCUGAUCCAACAGUGAGCAGCAAGAAGAAACAUUUGUUAAUCUUUGUGAUCCAACCGCACUCUGCAGCUCCUCAGGAUGGGUAUCUAAGUGGGCAAGACUCACUGUAGCAGGUUUUAUUCUCACAGCCUUCAGAAUUCAUCUUAAAAUGUACCACAUCAUAAAGUACUUUCUGCCAAUCUCCAUAAUCCGAUGUGAUAAACCUCCCUUCCAGGUCCCAAUUGUAGACCUGCUGUGUCCUGAGACUUCUAAACUACUACUAUACCACCUGCAGGGGCAUUCAUAGGGGGUCAAAGUCAAGAUGGCUCCCAUCCCUAUGCAAUCAAAGCCACGCCCCUUUUAUGCAUAUUGUAAAACAGGUGGAGUUUCAACUGGACAGUCCCAUCCUGGGUGAAGUGUAUGCUAUUGUACUCUACAUUUUUCUAAGGAAAAUGGUUUCUCAUGUAACAUUCCUUUAUCCGUUCUCUUUUCUGCUCUGCUCACCAUUUUUCCUGGAUUACAAUUUAGCUGCAGCCUGAUUCAGAACCGAAGUACGCACGACUAGCUCUUUUCAUUUUUGUUUCUACUAUUGGCACAUUUCUUUGCCUUCUUUUGCAUCACUGCUCAAUGGACAUUCCUAGAGAUUUAACACACACGGAGCAUCUCUUGCCUUUGCAGUUUAACAAUCUUCCUGUCAGUCCCAUGUCAUCAACACAAAGCAGCAGUGAAGCACUCUACAAGCAGUCCUUGACUUAUGACUGGCUGCUUAGCGAUUGUUUGAAGUUACGAUAGCAACAGCAAUAGCACUUAAGACUUAUAUACCGCUUCACAGUGCUUUACGGCCCUCUCUAAGCGGUUUACAGAAUCAGGAUACAAACACCACACCGGACUCUGAAAAGGGGAAUUAAGACCCAGAUUCAAAAUUCUAACGCCCAGGACACUCACCACAAUCAUGUGACCGCAUUUUGGGCCCUUUGCAACUGACUGGCAUUUAUGGCCAUUUGCAGCAUUCUGUGGCCACAUGACUAUAAUUUACAUUCCCCAUCCACCCACCCACCCACCAGUAUUUACUUCCAGGAUGCUGCAAACACUGCAAUGGGUUCGUUUAAAAACCACAGCAUUUCCCUGUUAUUAAACUCAAAUGUCUAUUUCUCAGAAAAGGUCUAAAUUAAUAUCAGAACGUAUGCAUUGUUGGACCAUUUUCAAGGUUCUUUUUUGUGUUGUUGUGUUUUAGUAAUGUGGGUAAAUACCACACACAAAAAAAGAUUCUUAUCAUAUAGCACUUACACUGAUCUUCCCAGCCUGAGGAUAUUUGGAAAGCGCACAAAGAAUCUCCACAGGAAAGUGUUGGGAAUUGUCCACUUUUCUGUUCUUUGAGGUUCUUUGUGCACUUUUCAGAUAGCCUCAUGCUGAGAAAAACCAAUGUAUGUGCUAUUUGGCAAGACUCUUUUUUGUGUGGUGUUUAACCACACAGCUAAA